AUGAAGCUUACCUGGGACAUCAACGACCCCAAACUGCCGCAGGAGCCCAAGCACUUCGACGCCUUCCAGGAGUGGCCCGAUGGCUACGUGCGCCUCAUCUACUCGAGCGAGGAGAAGAACGCGCAGCGGCACCUCAGCGGCUGGGCCAUGCGCAACACCAACAACCACAACUGCCACAUCCUCAAGAAAUCCUGCCUGGGCGUGGUGCUGUGCGCCCGGAGCUGCGCCCUGCCCGGCGGGGCCCGGCUGCAGCUCCGCCCCGCCAUCUGCGACAAGGCUCGGCAGAAGCAGCAAAAGAAAGCCUGCCCCAACUGUAACUCUGCCCUGGAGUUGAUUCCUUGCCGAGGACACAGCGGCUAUCCGGUCACAAACUUCUGGAGGCUUGAUGGAAAAGCAAUAUUUUUCCAGGCUAAAGGAGUCCAUGACCAUCCCCGGCCAGAGAGCAAACUGGAGGCAGAGGCAAGAAGAAGUGCAACUAAGAAGCAAGUGUCCUCUUAUCACCACUCCCAGAAAAAGAGAUCUCUAAAUUCAGAGACAGGAAGGUACCCUGACAGCAGUGGUUACACCAAUAACCUACAGAAUUUUCACUGCAUGGAUGGCCCAGAAAGAGUUGGUAUCUUCACAGACACCAAUUUUUCAAUUCCAGCCCAGUCUUACCCUUCACUGCAGAACACAGACCUCUACAAGGCACCUUAUGACUCAGCCAGCUUCCAAGAGGACCAGCUAUCACCAUACCCUAAAUGCCCAAAUCCAAGGAUCUACAUGCCCAUGCCACGCAGCUAUGAGUUUGGAGUUCCUACCUUUGUAAGCUCAAGCCCUUACCCAACAUUUUACAAAGAUCUGCCCAGCCCUGCCAUUGAUGCAGACCCCCUCAGUCUGAACGGGCCUCACUACAACGCAGUGACCAGCCAUGACAAGAGCUUUGAUAACCCUGGCAGACAUUACGGACUGAAACCUGCGUGGGGGAAAACCGGCAGCGGAGACCGGAGUGACUACGGGCAGAUGGCAACAAGUGCUCCCCACGCUUACUGCAGUGGGGACUGUGCCUGCAGGUACAGCCCCAGCCCCGCUCCCAUGGCCCCGCCGCUGCAGACCGUCAUCACCACCACCACCAAGGUGUCCUACCAGGCCUACAAACCACCCGCGCUGAAGUACAGCGACAACCUCUGCGACGUGAAAAACAUCCAGAGCUACACCCACGUGGCAGAAAACAUCUCCUCGGGUGCUGUCUAUUCAGGGAUGAAGAUUCAGGAAGACUUUGGGAUGAUACAGUCAGCGUUGCUCUACCAGCACGACUCCAUCCCCACAAAAUCCAAACCAGAUGAGGGCAUGGAGAGCUAUCGGUAUGGGUUCCCUCUGGGGAGCAGCUUUGCUGAGCAUGAAGGCCAGGCCCUAAGGUUUGAGAGUGCUGAGUAUUGA